AAAGAUUAGAAUUGGGCUGCCUGUCUAAAUGCAGCCUGUUGGCCAGGUGGCCAUGUUGACUAGAUAAUUGAUUACUGGUAGUUGCUUGUUUGUACCUGGUGCUCUGACGGAAAUGCUGCCCCCCGUUGCUAUCGGUGGUUAGUAGCUAGCAAAAAGGCGGAGAAAGUGUGCGCGCGCCAAAGUGUUUUUGUUUACAAAUUCGCCAUGGCCCAAAGUAUUGAAGGUGACAGACGCAGGUCGGGUCAGAUGCAAGAGUCUUGCCAAUGCCAGAGUCCCCAUGACAAUGAUAAUGUGGUCAUGCACGACCCUGAAUGCAGCAUUAUACUGGAACUAGAUUCUUCAGAAUCAUCUGAGGAAUCUUCAGAAGAAGACAUUGUGAAGUGUUCUGCAGAGACAGAGGUUGUAGGCCCAGCCAAUGCAGCCAUGGAACUGGAAAGGAGGAUUGAGGAGAUGAGGAGGCGAAAUGACGCUUUGCUGAAACGGUUCAAUGAAGUUGAGGAGGACAGGAGAAGGGCUGAGCUUAGGGGGGCAGCCCUGCUGCCCAAAAGCACCAAACUGGUCAAAACCAGUUAUUCAGCUCCUACCACUGACGUGUCGGACCAGUGGGAGAGCCUCACCAUCACCGUAAUGAACCAGAAGGACUCCCGUUUGGUGGCAAGACGGUCUAAUGGAGGCAGAAGGCAGGCCAAAUCACGGAGGUUGGAGGACCGCCUGGAAAAGAGAUGUGGGGAGGAGAAAAACAUUUUGGAGGAAAGGCAGCUGAUAAUCUGCACUAUAGACAACGGUGAGGAUGCAGGAGACUACUGCACAGACCACAGUGGCAGCACAUCGGACGUAGAGAGGCGAGAGUACCUACGCUGGAAGAAGAGACGCAACCACUCGAUUGUGGAACUGCUCGACCAACACCAGGACGACCUGGCAGUUCACCUACAGAGCAACAAGGAGCAGAUGGAACUGCUCAACCAGGACGACCUGGCAGUUCACCUACAGAGCAACAAGGAGCAGAUGGAAUUGCUCGACCAGGACGACCUGGCAGUUCACCUACAGAGCAACAAGGAGCAGAUGGAACUACUCGACCAGGACGACCUGGCAGUUCACCUACAGAGCAACAAGGAGCAGAUGGAACUGCUCAACCAGGACGACCUGGCAGUUCACCUACAGAGCAGCAGGGAGCAGCGUAAGAAGGCCCGUUAGCUGGACAAUGACACAAUUCUCAUUUUCUUGUUCAGUUAACCACUGUUUGUAUUUGUGCAUUGCACUUUAUUUCUUGAUAUUUUCACUGUUAAUGUUACAAUUUUCUGUACUUUAUAAACAAUCUGUAAAAUGAGC